AUGGCUUUCCGUGGUUUAGUAGGCGCCGCUUGUGUUGCAAGUGGUUUUGCUGUAACAGGAGUUGUUGUGCUUACAUCACGCUGGAGACGUCUUGAAUCACGUCGAGCCGUACUUGAUAAUGAGUAUGCUAGUAUUCUAGAGGAACUCUCCUCUUUAGAUAAUACACGAUUAAUAGAAGCUGAAAAUCUACGAAAGAAAAAACACGAAAUAGGACUUCUUCAUGAAACUGUAGAUACACUAUGGAAUGAUCGACUUGAACGGUACAAGCAAACAAAUAAGGAGAUGUAUUCUUAUUUAAAGGCACUUCCAGAAGCUCUUGGUAUACUAAAAGGUCUUACAAGUCACUAUCAAUAUAUGACCAAAGAAAUGCGUAAAUUCAUCUCAUUUGAUGUUGCUUGUAGUAAAGUUCAUAACUUUUCACUUCUUCUUGAACAUGGGGAUCGCGUUGGAAUUCAUCGUGUAGCUGAAUCUAUUAGGCAAUUACUAAUAGCAGAACCUCUUGUUGAAGUGGUAUGUGAUAGUGUCAUUAACGAUUUCACCAACAUUAGUGCACCAUCUACUAUAAAUGAGUGCAGCUUGAGUUUUGUAUUUUGUAUGGAGGAACUUGAUAAAGCUAUUGAAGCGGCAGUGUCGCAUUUUCUGGAGUUUCAGCGAGAUCGUGCCGAUAGGGCACCUAAUGUUAUUUGUGAGGGUAUAAGGAAAUUAAGUGAUGAAGCCAAAGUGAACACACUGAGUAGCGGAGAUAUUAUUAUGCAGAGGGAAGCAAAGGCACUGAGGGACCUUCUUCUUCGAGAUAAACGACAACUACAUACAGCUGAAGAUCUAAGAAGUGCAUUGAAUUACGUUGAAAACGUUAUUAGUAAACUAAAUAAAAAAAAUGGCCAUGAUAAUGCAUUACAAGCUACCAUUAUUGCAGAUCCUGCAGUUGGAAUUGCAGAGGAGCAAUUAUUGUUAUGGCGUAAAUCAGCUUCACUUUUUCUGGUGCGAGAGCAGGCCAAAGAGGCGCUUAGUGCUUACAAUCUUUUACUGGCGGAGACACUUACGAAAACGAAGAUAGCGUGA